AUGCCACGCUCGCAGAUCCCGCACGGCAACCGCCCACGGGUGCCUGCAGGCUCUGAGCCGGCUUCCUUCGCGCAGCCUUCCAGACCUGCUCCACACCAUUCGCGUCCUCUCCCUGUGCAUGAGACUCACUACCGACAGCCACCCCCAAACUCGGCCUACGCGGUGACGAAGCAAACUGCUGUCGUGUCGGAGCAAGGCUCUCAACAAAUAGACAUGGAUCAAACUGGAGAACUCGCGCGGCUUCGAGCCGAGCUUGCCGCUCUCAAGCUCAGCAUCAGCCAGAACAACUCGAAGCCUACGGAAAGCAGUAAGCCGGUUAUCCCCAGCCAGGCAGUCCCAACCACGAAAACCGCCCUGGUUGAGAACGACCCUCCUGAUGCACAGCCUAUCUCCACCUCCUUCGCUCCUGUGCCUGGAGGUCUUCGUGGAUCUAGGUACGCUGCAUCUGCUCCAGCGAUCGCGCCUGUUUCACGCUCCCCGUUGGCCGACCACGAUCUCGCUACGCGUGGAAAUGUAGCUUCUGCCGAGAACUCGCACCAGAGCUCUGCUGCCUCUACAAGCAUCCCCCAUCCUCCUCGCCUUAAUGUCAGCAACAUCGGCGGCGGCGUUGCUACUGGUAGUCCGCUUACGCCUUUCACCAAUGCUCAGCACCAUCAUUCCAAUAGGUCUCUUUUGGGCCAGGAUUACAAGCCUCCUACGAAGGAGAGGAUCGCCAAGCGGGGUGCCGUCAAGAUUGUUCCCACGAGCACGCCCACGACCACGGCCAUGACCGCAGCUACUGGAAAAAGCAUGGCUCUCGGCGCUACUGCCAUUCAUUCCAAAGAGCAUGCUUCUGUGCAAGCUGAGGACCACAACCGCAAGCACGCGGAUGGAAAUGAGGCCCCAGCAGAUGCUCACUGCCGCUACUACGCUGAAGUCAAGAAGGUUGAGGAGGGCCCUCUCCAGCGCGAGAAGGAUGCCGAAGAGUUUGCUAUCCAUAAUGCUCAAGCUCAUGGUACUUCCGAGAAUAUGGCAAUCGUUGCUCGGCCUAGCGACGGUGAUAUCCAGACCAACAAGAGCUUUGAUGCUAAGAAGAUCUCGUCGGGCUCUAACGGCCCCGAUGCUGUGCGCAACGACUUCCUCGUCAAUUCCGGUCGCCGCAUUUGCAUGAGCAACCUUCCCUCUGGAGCCAACGACAAGGACAUUCAGGAGCUCGUCGAGAAGAAGGCUAAUGCGGGGCAGUCAAUCGAAAGCAUCACGAUCUUCCGUCGUCCCAACGGACAGCCUGGCUAUGCUCUUGUGGACGCGGCUAAAGACAAAGAUGCCUUGCACAUAGUCAAGUGGAUGACUGAUGAGAGGCUCUUUGGGUGGCCAGUCGAUAUGCGCAUGGCGCAUGAGCUGAGCAAGGAGGCUGUCGACAAGCUGCUUGAGACUGGUUCAUCUACGUUGAUGCUAGCCCACGAGAAAACCAGCAUGGACGAUAGUGCUGGUCGGACAGUCACCUGUCGUUACUGGCUUUUGGGCGACUGCCGUAACGGUGCAAACUGCAAGUUCUUUCACGGUCUUGCUGGAGGUGGUUCUCCCUCGGACACGAUGAAGUAUUCCAAUGCCCGUCGCGACGGCGUCCAACGCGCCAAGCGUAACUAUAAUUUCGACAACAUCCCUCUUCGCGCUGAAGGACCUGGCGAGGAGUCUGGAGGUUCAAUCUUCGGUACCAGCGUCUACCGCCCCACCGCUCUGAGAGUCAUCACUGGCGAACCCUGA